UUGCAUGCCAUUUUGUAAAAUGGCCGGCCCUUCUGGUCAAGUUAUAUAUACCAAACAAGUUAUUCAAUUUGUAUAUAACUUGUCAGAAAAAUAUAUACAGACACAGGUAGAUAUAGCGAGUAAGAUUGGCCGGAAUGGGUACAACGGUGGAGGAUGUGGUGAUAGUAGGAGGAGGGAUAGCCGGACUGGCGACAGCGGUGGCGCUGAAGAGAGCUGGAAUAGAAGCGUUGGUGUUGGAGAGAUCGGAAGGGCUGCGAGCCACUGGUGCAGCUUUGACUCUAUUCCCAAACGCCUGGAUUGCUCUUGAUACCUUGGGGGUUUCUCAUAAGCUUGCUACUUAUACCCCAUCUCUCAAGGGAUAUGUAACUGAUCUUGAUACUGGAGAAGUUCAAGAACUCUCUUUCACCAGAGCCAAUGGUGAUGCAGCUGGACCGAGAUCAGUACACCGGAAAGCCUUGCUCGAGGCUUUGGCAGGUGAAUUACCGGUUCAUUCGAUCCGUUUCUCUUCCAAGAUCUCUUCUAUUGAAACACAACAACAUGAAGGUUCAUCCAUUGCCAUUGUUCACGUGGAAAAUGGAACUGUCAUUAAAGCAAAGGUUCUCAUAGGGUGUGACGGGGUUCACUCAGUGGUGUCACGCUGGUUAGGACUCCGUGAGCCAGUCCUUUCAGGUCGAUCAGCUGCUCGUGGCUUGGCUGUGUAUCCUCAAGGCCAUGGACUCGAGCAGAAGGUGCGACAGUAUGUAGGAUCAGGCAGAAGGGCUGGCUUCGUUCCCCUCACCGACAAAGAGAUCUACUGGUUCUUCACUGUCACAUCUCCAGCUAAAGGGACCUCCCAAGCGAAAGAUCCCGAAGAUAUACAAAAAGAAGUACUUGAGAAUUAUGCCAAGGACCUCCCACCUAUAUUCUUAGAUGUUGUGCAGCACACAGAUCUUUCGACAUUAACAUGGGCUCCAUUGAUGUUUAGAUAUCCCUGGAACGUAGUAUUUGGCAACUUAAGCAAGCAAAACAUCACGGUGACCGGCGAUGCCAUGCACCCCAUGACACCUGACCUAGCACAGGGAGGUUGCUCAGCAUUAGAAGAUGCAGUGAUCUUAGGCAGGCAUAUUGGGACAUCCUUUGUACAGAACGGACGUGUACUUGUACCGAACGAGAUUAGUCAAGUACUGGGUAAAUAUGUGGAAGAAAGAAGGUGGCGCGUCGCUUUGUUGAUCACAGGGUCAUAUAUAGCAGGAUGGGUGCAGCAGGGAGGAUCUGGAUGGGGUAUGAAAUUCUUGAGAUAUUCCAUAUUUUACAAAUUCCUUUUCCUUAAGAUGGUUAUAUACGUAAACUAUGACUGUGGGAAACUCGACUUCUAGUACACAUUUCAUUCAUUGUGGAGAAAUUGACCUCCUCCCAAGCAGCCAAAAUAUAUAGGUUGAUGAUUCUUCUACACAAUGCGAUCUCGAGUGCAGACUAUAGAAUAAAGAAGUUGUACGUACCAAGUACCAACUGAUUAGUGAGACCUCACGAAGAGCCAAUGUAGUAAUGCAGUCCUGCAUCAGUUGAUUAUGUACUCAGCCGUGCUUAAUUGUUGUAUUCAAUGGUGAAAAAUAAUAAGGCCGUUAGAAUGCUCAUUAAGAUUAC